CGAUUGAGUGGUAUACAUUGCAACGUCUCAUCUAUACGAGCAAUUCCGACAAACUUGGACCAGUUGAGUCAGCCAGUAGUAAGGUUCUAGUUCUCGAGUCGACGCAUCCCCCAACGAACCGAAUCGGUGUUACAGUGUGAAGCUCGACAUAAUACAGUAUCGCUGAAAAAUUGAUUAAGAAAAGCUCGAAUUUCUUCCGUAUGAGUGAGAUCUUGGCACAGUUUGACGAAUGAUUGUAUUCGAGUUGAGUCUGCAGGUCGAAGCUCGGUGAAUUGAAAAACUUGGAAGCAACUUGUGUUCAGAAGAAAGUGAAAUAGGUUUCAGGUACCAGUGCAAAGAGGUACCUACGUUACCUAAAGAAGACUCGGAGGAACUAUGAAGACGGAUCAAUCGACCGAUCCAUCAACGAGACAGUCGGCAUCAUCUUCGAUCGAGCAUCGUCUCCGUAGCCCAAAAUGUGCGCGGUGCAGAAAUCACGGGGUGAUUUCCGGUUUGAAAGGUCAUAAAAGAUCCUGCGCAUGGAAGGACUGUCGUUGUCCCUGCUGCCUUUUGGUAGUCGAACGACAACGGGUUAUGGCAGCCCAAGUUGCCCUCCGUCGGCAGCAACAGGCACACGGAAACGGCUACAACAACGACCAUGGACGGCUCCCCGUACCCGGGAAAUUGGCAAACGAGGGACAAAUCCAUAAUAUUGGUGAUCAGCAGCGUGCCGCUGCAGCUUAUCAGCGAAGACUGCGCAAUCUGCAGCAUCAUCUGCACUUCACCCAGACGCAGAUCAGCGUCACUCAAAAUUUGAGCUUGAACACCUUGCCUGGGAGCGGAGGACUUCAGUCCGCAGUAAUGCCAGCACCCCGGAUAUUGGGUGCCUUAUCGCCGAGUGAUCGACAACGGAAAAGACGGACGUUUGCUGACGAGAGUUUAGACUUCCAAUCAUUGUACCCGGCGUACCAAACCGCUGCCCCUUGGUACACGUCUUCGAAUGAGGCUCAAACAUCCAAAACAAGACUCAGUGGCUUUAUAUUUGCAGCCACUAGUCCGCGGGAAAAUUUAAACCCGUCCGGUAAACAUGGAACGUCAUACGUCGUCUCAGCACCACCGAUUUUUGAAAAGAAACCGGUGAUAUCUUUCAGCGUUGAAUCAAUUAUCGGAACAAAAUGACCCCCUUCGUUUUAUACUCAUUUUUCUGUACAUAUUCUCCUACGAUCAUCGACAACACAUAUUCGUAACAUCAUUUGCACUACUUAAUAAUUGAAGCAAUUAUACAGUACACGAUUUACUAACUUUGAAAACUAUCUACAACGUUUAAAAGUACGUAAGACAUUAUAUUCUUUCAGUAACUACGUAGUUAAUAUCAUUUUGAUAAUCUAACAAUAUGUGUACACAAUGUAACAAGCGGAGCGAGUUUUACCAAAUAUAAUCAUGCUCAAAAA